CUCAUUUGUUGUUGGAGGUGGAAGAAAGAUCGAUAUUUGAUCGGUUAGCGGCUAUUUGUGUUGUCAACACGUAAUUUCUAAGUAUAUAAACAUUUUCAAGAGCCCAGACCUAAUAUGUGAUAAUAAUUAAAAUUUUCUUUUCCUACAAAAAAUAUUUAAAACUCAUAAAUAAAAUAAGAAUGUCUGAACAGUUUACGGUGUUUUUUUCUUUUUCAAAAUUAUAUUAUGGUGAUAAUGUGUGUCAAAUUUAGUGUUUUACUGAUGUUUAAACUUCGCAUAGAGUCGUGAAUAGGUGUUUUGUGUUGGCUGUUGUGGAAUAAGUUGGGAUGGCAUUCCGGGAGUACUUAUCAGGGUUCUUUCACGAGCACAACGCGAUGGCGCCUUUCUCUCGAUUAUACAGAGCUAUGGUGCUCAAAAUGAACCAACACGAGGAUGAGGCUACGACCUCUGGCAUCACAGAUGACGCGACGGACGACCUCCAACAGCGCGUCAUAUUCGUCAACCAUCCGCAGCCACAGAAGUUUGUGAACAACAGAAUAUCCACCGCUAAGUACAGUGUUCCAUCGUUCGUGCCGCUGUUCCUGUUCGAGCAGUUCCGCCGCUAUUCCAACUGCUUCUUCUUGCUGAUUGCACUGCUGCAACAGAUCCCAGAUGUGUCGCCCACGGGUCGCUGGACCACGCUCACACCGCUUAUACUCAUACUCAGCGUCAGCGCCAUCAAAGAGAUCGUGGAAGAUUUUAAACGUCACCGCGCGGACGAUGAGACGAACCGGCGGAUGGUGGAGGUACUCCGCGGUGGUUGCUGGCAGAGCAUACGCUGGGAGCGCCUGCAGGUUGGAGACAUCUGUAAAGUGCUCAACAACCAGUUCUUUCCAGCUGACCUAAUUCUGCUGGCAUCUAGCGAGCCGCAAGGUAUGUCCUUCAUCGAAACGUCCAAUCUGGAUGGCGAGACGAAUCUGAAGAUCCGUCAGGCCAGUCCCGACACAGCACGUCUCGAUAGUCCCGCGGCGCUGGCCGGGUUCCGCGCCACCGUACAAUGUGAGCCGCCCAACAGACAUCUGUACGAGUUCAACGGGAUGCUGAAAGAAGCAAAUGCCAAGACCAUUCCCCUUGGUUUAGAACAAAUGCUUCUAAGAGGCGCCAUGUUGAGAAACACGUCGUGGCUUCAUGCUCUCGUCGUGUACACCGGACACGAGACCAAGCUUAUGAAGAAUUCCACCAAAGCUCCGUUGAAGCGGUCGUCUAUCGAUCGUCAGACGAACACGCACAUCCUGAUGCUGUUCAUCAUACUUCUGGUGCUGUCUCUCCUGAGUGCUGCCUGCAAUGAACUUUGGCUGCGAAGACGAGCUUCGGAUUGGUACAUAGGUAUCGAUGAAGCACAGAAUGCACAUUUCGGAUUCAAUUUUUUAACAUUUUUGAUAUUAUACAACAAUCUUAUACCUAUUUCGCUACAAGUUACCGCGGAGAUAGUUAGGUUCUUCCAAGCAAAAUUUAUAGCGAUGGACAGUGAAAUGUACCACGAGGAAACGGACACUCCGGCGUUAGCGAGGACGUCGAACUUGAACGAAGAGUUGGGUAUGGUGCGGUACGUGUUCAGUGACAAGACGGGCACGCUCACAUGCAACGUUAUGGAGUUCAGGAAGUGUUCCAUCGCAGAGGUGAUCUACAACAAGCUGCAACCUGGCGAGCGCCUGGAAGACAGUCUGUUGUACCAACACCUGGACAGCGGUCACCCCAGCGCCCCCGUCAUAUCAGAGUUCCUCACUAUGCUGGCCGUCUGUCACACCGUCAUCCCGGAGAUGGUGGACGGCAAGAUCAACUACCAUGCAGCAUCGCCCGACGAGCGUGCGCUAGUCUGUGGCGCGGCGUCCUGGGGCUGGGAGUUCACUACGCGGACACCACACGCGGUCACUGUUAGAGAACGAGGCGAAUCGCGUACAUACGCCGUACUGAACGUGCUAGCGUUCACCUCAGCCAGGAAAAGGAUGUCCGUGGUCGUGCGAACCCCCACAGGUGAAAUCAAGUUAUACUGUAAAGGUGCGGAUUCGGCCAUAUACCCUCGCCUGGCGGGCGGUCCUCGGGCGCCCUACGCGGAACAUACUCUGGAACACCUGGAACAUUUCGCCACAGAAGGUCUUAGGACACUCGUGUUCGCUGUAGCAGACGUACCAGAAAAUGUUUACAAGGACUGGUCGAACACUUAUCAUAAAGCGAGUAUAGCGAUACAAGACCGAGAACAGAAGCUGGAAGAGGCGGCUAUGCUCAUAGAAAAUAACUUAAGAUUACUCGGAGCUACGGCCAUAGAGGACAAAUUACAAGACGGUGUACCUGAAGCGAUAGCAGCGUUGUUGAAGGCGAACAUACACGUGUGGAUAUUGACAGGUGACAAACAGGAAACGGCCAUCAAUGUAGCGCACUCGGCGAGACUGCUGCAUGCCGCCAUGCCGCUACUCAUACUUAAUGAGGAUAGUCUCGACGGCACGAGGGAAAGUCUUUCCCGCCAUCUAGCGGACUUUGGUGAGAACCUUCGGAAAGAGAACGAAGUGGCGCUCGUCAUAGAUGGCAAGACGCUCAAGUACGCUAUGGGAUGUGAUCUCAAGAAGGACUUCUUAGAUCUCUGUGUGUCGUGCAAAUCAGUUGUAUGUUGCAGAGUCUCACCCAUACAGAAAGCUGAGGUGGUGGAGCUGGUUUCUCGUUCCACUGGAGCCGUGACGCUCGCUAUCGGAGACGGUGCCAAUGACGUGGCCAUGAUACAGAGAGCGUCAGUAGGAGUCGGGGUCUCGGGGGUUGAAGGACUACAGGCGGUCUGUGCCUCCGACUAUAGUAUAGCUCAGUUCCGCUUCCUGGUGCGUCUCCUGCUGGUGCACGGCGCCUGGAACUACUCACGCAUCAGCAAACUAAUUCUCUAUUCAUUCUACAAGAACAUCUGUCUCUAUGUCAUUGAAUUGUGGUUCGCGAUAUAUUCGGCAUGGUCUGGGCAAAUUCUGUUCGAGCGGUGGACUAUAGGAUUCUACAACGUCAUAUUCACAGCAAUGCCACCAUUCGCUAUAGGACUGUUUGAUAAGAUCUGCUCUCCUGAAAUUAUGCUUCGGCAUCCUGUACUGUAUGUUCCAUCUCAACAAGGUCUACUGUUCAAUGUGCGCGUGUUCUGGGUGUGGGCAGUGAACGCGUUGCUGCACUCGGUGCUGUUGUUCUGGCUGCCGGUGUUACUAGCAGCACACCACGUAGUAUGGUCCAGCGGCAAAGACGGAGGAUAUCUAGUGCUGGGCAACUUCGUUUACACUUUCGUGGUAGCAACAGUCUGUCUGAAGGCUGGUCUAGCGACACACUCUUGGACGUGGGUGACCCACCUUUCUAUCUGGGGUUCCGUGGCGCUGUGGUUCCUAUUCAUCCUGAUAUACAGCAAUCUGUACCCAGCUAUUGGUAUUGGAGCUGUGAUGCGAGGGAUGGACCGCAUGGUCUUCAGCUCGCUGGUCUUCUGGUUUGGAUUACUUCUGGUGCCCGCCGCUACUCUACUACCAGACUUACUCAUCACUGUCGUUCAUAACUCAGCGUUUAAAACCAUGACGGAGGCGGUCAGGGAGAGUGAAAUCAAACAGAGGGAUCCCGCCGCACUACUGGCGCUUCCGAGACACUCAUGGACUUACGUGAUGUGUUAUUUGAGAGGAAUGAGGAUAUUUAAAUGCGCGGCGGACGCUCGGGUGGCCGUGGCGCGUCUGGCGCAGUAUGGGUUCGCGUUCUCUCAAGAGGAGGGCGCGAGUGUCUCCCAGGCGGACGUCAUUCGCGCCUACGACACGCGACAGCCGCGUUCGCGCACUUAAGACGAACAGACAAACAUACAAACACAUUUAUUCACACAAACAAACCCACAAUUACAUUCUUCCAGCGACAUCAAAUAUAUUCAGUAGCCGCCAUUAUUACCUACUGCUGUCAAACAUAAUGUGACUUAAAUCAGUGUUGACAGUAUAAAAAAUGUAUGUUUAAAUUUUAUUGUCUCAGUAAUACAUUUAAAUACGGCUAUCAUAGUAUUAUAUAAUUUAAAACAUUGUUUUUAUAAAUAUUUUACAAGCUUGAUGAUGAUAACAUUGAUAUUAAUUGAAAUAUUUCGUGAGGUUAGUACAGUAAAAUAAAAACGACCAAAGAUAAUUUCGAAUAUAUUUAUAAGAUCGGUAAUAAUUUAAGAGUUUUUAAAUAAAAUAAAAAUUUAUGUAAUUUUGAUCGUUAUAUUAUAUUAAUUGUUUUAAUUUGUCGUUAAAGCUUAAUUUAUUAUUUAGUUAUGACUAGUUGCGAUUAUUUAUUUAUAUUAACUUGCUUACCCAAAGAUGACUAAAACUCAAAAGAAGUUAACACUGCUAUCAAAAAUUAUAAAAGUUGAAAUUUUAAUCCGGCGUUUAUCAUUAAAAAAAUAUGUAUAAUGUAUAUAUACUAUGAAAUACAAUUCUUAUAAUAAAACUCAGUUAAAUGUAGUAUUUAAGCGUUAUUCUUUAGAUAAAUAUCUGGUAUAGUUCUAUAUAAAAAAAGCUUAAUCAGUUUAGUUCAAUUUAUUAUUAGUCUAAUAUCAUUCUGAACAAGUGUAUGCUGUGUCCGUAAUAUGACUUUUCUAAACCAGAAAAUUAAUACCGACAGCUACAAAAUUUUAAUUUCACAAAACGCAACUCAUUUGCAUUAUAAAUAAAAUUAAAAAUCUACAAAUAAUAAGAUUACAGUCAUUCUAUUAUUAUUAUGCAAUUUUUUUUUCAGAAGUAAUAUACAUGCGAGUCAUUAGAAUCAUACUAAUAAAGGGAGCUGAGCAUUAAAAAAUAUUGUCAUAAAUCUAAGGCGGUAUUAAACAAGUACAGUGUAUUAUAUAAUUGUUUACGGCCUACUUCGUUAAUAAUUUAUGCAUUUCUUAUUAUAAAAACAUUAUUUAUAAUGAAUUUGUUAGAUUAUAAAACUAUUUCUAUACGUAUAUACGAACACGUGUAGUUAUUUUUAUAUAGAUAUUACGCUUGUUUAUAAUUUUAUUUAUUUAUUUAUUAUGUGCGAUCAAAAUAGAUAACUUAUUGAUUAUUGUCAGUGUAGUUAUUUGUCAUAAAAUCUGGCAACACUAAUAGAAAUGUCUAACAUGUAAUAAAGAAAUUAUCUAUGAAUUGACAUCGCGCUUAAAUAAUGUUCAAGUAUUUUCUGUAGACAUAUAUUUCUGAGGUUUAAAAUAAGAUCGUUAAUGUCCUAGUACAAGUGACGCAGAAUAUACGCUUAAACUAUUAAAUACAUAGAUCCAGAACUAAGAGCACGAAUUUAUAAACGAUAAUGUAUUCAUCAGCACUAGAUCAUUCACAUAUAUAGAAGUAACUAGAAAUGACCCAACGUUUUAUAAAUACCGCUUCAGGUCACCGGGAUUAAUUAUAUUUUUUUAAUGUACGUUUCUUCGUGCCCUCUGAACCUAAAGUAACCGUCUCUCUUAUAUAAAUGAUAAAUAAAAAGUAUGUAUUACUUUGUAUCGAAGAACGCCGCAGAGCCCAGAUACUAUAUAUAAUUGAAUUGUGAUAUAAGUAGAACUGGAGAAGUGAAUAUUUCAGAGUCUUUACAAAACGAUUGAUAGCGGUUUUUUGUAGGAUGUGUUACUAAUAUUUAUCAAAUAUACCUCUAACAGUUUAUUAUUGUUAACUGUUAAAUUAACUAAGAACUACGGACGUGCUCGGAGCGUGCUGAUACAGAAAUGAAACGAUUUGAAAAUAUAGAAGCUGAUGUGUAAAAUUUAAAUUAGUUUUUUAUUUGAAAAAAAUCUGUAACUUAUGAAAGAUAGUAAUAUUUUUUAAUGAAAAAUUAUUCAACGGUGGAAAUUGAUUUAAAUUGCUUCUGGAAAUGUAUUGAAAAUGUGGUCUAAAUAAAAAUAUAAUCCUCGCUCGGGACCAAACGGACCGUGAUAAGUUGUAGCCAUUUGAGAAUCCGAGAAGAUUUUCUCAGCACACUUCGAAUACAGCCUUUUAUAAUUUAAAUUUUAAUCAAACGUGGAUGUACCAGAAAUAUAUGAUUUGUUCUCGUUCUUUAAA